AUGUCAGGAUAUGUUUCCAUCAAGGAGAAAUCUCCCCAAGAGGAGGGUAGAGGCCACAACGAGCCUCGGGAGACGUCGCCCGGUCGAAUCGAGCUUACAGCGGUAUCGGGAAUGAGGUUCUUCGCUACUCUCUUCCUCGUAUGUGGAAGGUCGAUCGAGACGUUGUGGAUCGACAGUGGGAGCGAGGCAAAGUUUCUCAGCGUCACUCUCUGCAGUGGCCUGCACCUUGGAGCCAAGGACGUGGUCUCCUUCUACUACGUACUCAGUGGCUUCACAUUGGCGUGGGGCUAUGGCAACCGAGAUCUCGAUUCGUCUGAGGUUCGGUGGAGGUACUGGACAAGAAGGUUCGUUCGGUUCUACCCGGAUUUCGCUAUAUCCACAAUAGUCACUUUCUUGUUGAAACAACCUUUCUUCUUUGGCUGCCAUGACUACGGAUGGCCAAGUUGGGUAUCUCAAGGAACAAGCCUCCUCCUCUUCACUGCAUGGUAUCGCUUUAUCCCUGGGUCUGGAUACAUCAAUGGCCCUGUUUGGUUCAUUGUAACGCUGUUCUGGCUGUGGAUUUUCUUUCCAUAUCUGUUCGGCGCAAGCAAGAAGGUUUUCGAGAAUGUCUCUUGGAGCACCUUCCUGUUGAAAAUGCUGGCGCUGUGGGUGAUCAGCUUGGUCCCCUGGGCUUUCAUCGAUGAAUCUAACGUGGAUACUUUGAGAUGGGCGCUUCGAUGCUUCCCAAUUCUCCGCAUUCCUGAGUUUGUCUGUGGGAUUGCCCUUGCUCUAAGAGUGCGCAGGGACAAGGACGAACUGAGACUGUACGGCAGCUCAGACUCAGAGUUUCAUCCUCGCUCUUUCGUGGGCUUCGCUCCCCUCAUCUGCGUAUUUUUUGCCUUGUUCUAUUACGCGUACAGCAUCUACUUGUGGCCUGAGGACUGCACGUGCUUGGACUCGAGAUACUUUCAUUGCUUCGGAUGGAUUGAGGCCUUCGACACCAAGUUCCUGCCCUUGUCAGCUAUCGUCAUCUACAGCGUCACAACGUUGGACGUCUGCGCUCACGACAACGGGACUGCUGAGUUUGAUAAUGUCAAGAAGCACGUCGGCGUUGUCGGAGCCUACCUGUGGAGCUUCUUCUGCCUCGACUUCUUCGUCAUGGUGGGCAAGUGGGGGCUGCCCAUCUUCUUGUGGCAGGCUGCGGUGAACGUGCUGGUCGAGGCCUUCCUGGUGGACGUUCACUGGGGGUUGGAGAGCCGCUGCACACCACAGUCCUUCACGCUCGCAUACGCCGUUUUCUACUGGAUCUUCCACUUGCUCUCGGCGUAUGUCGUCGCGUACCUCAUGUACGAAGAGGGGCCGGUCGGACGCCUCAUACACUCGGGCGUCGCGUACUUUGUGAAAGAUAGCUGA